UGAAACUGCCAUUAAAUCAUAAAAUAUGUUAUAAAGUUGAUAGGCUAAAGACGGUUAGCAAAUUGUGCGUGAGUAUUCGUGGAUACCUUACACCAUUGAACACACUACUUCAGCUCAAGUUCUUGCCAAUUGGUAUUCCAGUUGAGAUUCUGCAAAAAUGAGGAGGAUAGCUUUAUACUUGGGAAUCUGCAUUACUGUUGUUAGUUUGAGUGUUACAGCUAAUAGAAGUGAAGUCUGUAAGGAACCAAUGCAGGCAGGAGAUGUGACAGAUCCAGAAUUAAAGAAAGUUCUAUGGUUCUAUGACUCAGCUGCUGACCGUUGCCAACCAUUUACCUACAGUGGAAAAGGAGGCAAUAAAAACAGGUUUCAGAAUGAAACAUACUGUUUGAUGACCUGCUCUGAUACUUAUCCUAUGAAGUUUCCGGAAGGAGAUGCAGCAUGUAAACUGCCAAAAGAACGAGGGGAUUGUCUCGCCAACAUACUGAAGUGGUACUACGAUGAGACCAUGAAGGAUUGUGACACGUUUCUCUACGGUGGAUGCCAUGGGAAUGGAAACCAAUUUGAAAGCAGGAAGAGUUGUCGGAGUCUAUGCGCUGUAAGUGGACAAGGACGAUUCGCUAUAGAUGAAGAAGAAACUGAAAUUCAGCAAAGAGAUGAAGGUGAUACUGUUGCCAUUGUGUUUGGAUGUCUUUUUGGUAUUGUCGUCAUUGGUUUUGUUGCUGCAUUUGUCAUCCAGAGGAAAAAGCAUAAAAGCCAGAGAAGCAAAUCAAAAGGAACAACAGAAGUAGAGAUGAAGUAAAGUACUGCAUAAACUGCCAAGAUAAGGAAGAGAUAACUUUCCUGAAGAUUUACUAUCAUUUGUUGCAAGGAUUCCUUGAAUUUCGUUAUUUUGGAUAAUGAUUUUGUACACUGACUUUUUUAAACUUGGUAAAUAGAAAAUAUUUUGUGUCAAAUACUCUGUAAAUUCACCUGCGCUUUUCUUUCACAAAUGCAAAGAUUAAAAUUCAUCAUCUGCGCAUCUGUGUUCAAAGCAGUGGGGAAUCCUAUUAUAUUGCUUAUAUCCAUAUAUAAACAUGUAUUUUAUAUAUGUAUGUGCGUGUCUAAUAAGAUGGUUAACUGUGCAUUGACUAAAUGAGAAACAAGUUGGAAUUUGAUUACUUUUCCUUAUAUCUGUAUUUUUGCCAAAAUAUUGAUAAAUUGAGGUUUAUGCCUUUGAAUUUGACUUCUUUGUUGUUUAAGACUUCAUUAAUAUGUUGGACAGUGAAAACUGUAACCUGGAACUAAUUCUUAUGGAGAAAACUUUGAUAAAAACAUGAUACAAAAUAUUAAAAACAUAAUAAAUAUAUAUAAACUCAAGUGCAUGCAUCCCUGCUUAUGUAGAUUAUGCAUUCAAAUUAUGAUACAUUUAACUAAAUAGCUUUGAAAGACUUAGUUUUCUGCCAUGUACAGAGGCUAACCAUAAAAAAAUUUCAAGAUAUAGUAGGGAGUGAAACAUUCACAUAUAUGUACAUAAGUAUGACCUGUUUGGUAACUGCCUUUCAGCAUAUUUCAACCUAAAUUGUGUGUGCUCUUUCAAUGCCUUUGACUUUUUGAGAUAGUGAAAUAUCCUGUGAAAGAAAUUAUGUUAGAAUAUAAAUACUGAAAACUAUCUUACACAAUGCAGUUUUUUAUACAGUAGUUCUAAGUCAGAUUUUUGCAAUGCAAUGCAAUCUGCUGUGUAAUGCAAUCUGAUCACUUCUUCCUUGUUGUUACAGUAAAUAGCAUUCCUGUCCCUCUUUCAACCAUGAGAACAGACAGGAGCGCUGACUUUGAUCCAAUUGCUUUUGAAAAUUCAGGCAGAAGAACAGGGGCUCAAUUUUCAAACAUUCAGUGACGCAGCUAUAACUCAUUGUGUUUAUGCAUUUAUUGGCAAUAUGCAUUAAGCUUCAGCAUCUUUACUGAUAACUUCUGUUUUGUUAUGGGAAGAUGAAAAGCAAAUAAAAUGUCAUUUGCCUACAACCCAACCCCCAUCCCCACCCUUCCUCAACUCCCUACUAAAGUUUACAACCUUUGAGACUAAGUUGGGAGAGUUCCUGGGCUACCUCGGGAAUUGCACCCAUUAUAUCCUCCUUCGGCUUAGUGACAAUGUUGGUUCCAUGACGGGCUUUCAAAAGGCUCCAAAAAUGCUCCCUCACACAAAAUUGAGUAAGAUUGAUACCUUAGAACUCAGUAAGCAGUACAACUUCUGGCCUUAAAGUGAUGCCACAUUAGGCACAGCUCCAUGUGAGCAGCAGAACAAUGCAAUGUGCGCUGUUGUAAUGUUUUUGUCUUCUUAAAUACAGCGUACACCAAAACCUACUCUAAGCAGCACCAUAGAGUAUCCUUCAGCAUAUUAAAGAUACUACGUUCCUAUUGCCCAAAGCUUGAGAAAUCUUCAGUUAAGAAAAUUGCAUAACAUGAGGUUGAAAUAGUUUUACGUAUGGUGCCAUUUCUUCAUACAAAGCCUGGUAUGAGUUCCAAUAAUUACUUCUGGUUAUACAAACCUAGUGGCUGUAAAGCGUAAGAAAGAAAAAUAGUAAAAUAAUUCUGUAAAUAGCCUCAUGGAGUUGCACAUUAUUUGAAAAUUGGGCCUUUAGUUCUGCCAAUGUUUAACUAAUUGAAUGAAUUAGUUAUCCACUUGAAUUUGUCAAAAUGCAAAUGCCAUUUAAUUUUUAAAGGAAUUUAAUGUUUCUACAAAGAAUAAAUUGCUGAAUGUUAUAUAUUUGACUGUCAAUUUUAAAAAUAAAGCUGAUGCAACAGUG